AUGCCCACAGUCAUGGGCCUAACAACCGACUCCUCCUCCAAAACCACCACCACCCUCGGCAACGCCGACCUCAAAAAGCCCAACGGCGGCUCCCGCCUCGACACCAUUUCCAAGCGCAACCACCACGCCGCCAAGGAAAUCGAGACCUUAUUCUGGCGCUGCCUCUGCGACGACCCCUCCGCCGCGCCCGAGUACAUGGCCGAGGACUGUAUUCUCAUCAACCCUCUUUUGUCCUCCCAUCCUUAUUCUACACCCCUAAGCAAAAAUUCAGAGCCGAAUUUGUUGGAGGUGUUUGAGGAGGCGGAACCGUGGGCGGGAUUCAGGUUCCAUGGCGAUCCGUUGGUGGUGGAGAUUGAUUUGAUGGCGGUGGCGCUGGGGAAGGGGACGAGGGAGGUGGUUGCUAGUGUGAGUUCCAGUUGGAGGCAGACGGCGGGGGCGGAUUGGGUUUUGGUUGCUCAUCAUUGUCAGUAUGUUGAUGAUGAGUAGGGGGGAUGGGGAUGGGGAUGGGGAGGGAUGGACUUGGUUCAAGGAGAAGGAUAUGGACAUGGAGGAUGGAGUUUUCGGGGUGUUUUGGUUGAGGAUGUAGGAAGCGGGUGGGGAGUUCUGAUUAGGCACUUUUUUUUGUGCCAAUUUGCUUCGUCCUCUCAUGAUGAUGAGUUUACGAUUGGAAAGUUGUUUCUUGUUCUUGAGGUUGAUUGCCUAAUUCUAGGAUUGGGAUGUCAUGUUCGUCUGUAAUUACAAUGUAUAAUGAGUUUCUAUCCUGUAUGUCAAUCCUGUAUGUCAGUACCAAAUACCUUGUCAUUCCUGUGUUGUUGUAUCGUAUCAGCUGUUCUCGCUCUUUCCAGUUCACCAAGUCGGAUAUCCAGUCAGAAAAAUCC